UGAUUAAAAACUACGUAGUUCUCGUUGCUAAAAUCAACGUAGUCGUUUCGGUUAAGUUAAAUUUUUUUAAAUAACCAUUUUAGAAGGUUAUUUUUACAGAAAAACUUGUUUAUAUUGAUAAAGAAAAUCGUUUAAAAUUUGAGAGAAAGUGGGUAAGAACGUUAAGCGUGAGUCAAAUUUAACUUUUUGAACAAUACACUGUGUCCACAAUGAAAACUUUCCUAGUUGUUCUUGCUUUUAUUGGAGCUGUUCUAGCUGAAGAAUGGGAACCAAAAAAGUUGAAUGAAAUGAACGAAAUUCGUAGGGAAUGUUUGGUCUCUAACCCAUUGUCAGUUAUCCAGUUGGCCGCCAUGAAAAAAUUUGUUUAUCUCGACGAGGAACAGGUUCGUAAAUACCUUCUCUGUGAUGUUAAAAAAUUGGAGAUUUUCGACGAACGUGAAGGAUGGUAUGCAGACCGAAUUGUUAAGCAACUCAAAAUGAGAUUGGACGAAGCUGAAGCUACAAAGAUUGUUGAAGUUUGUGUCGACAAAAACGAACAAAAGAGUAGUGCUGACGUUUGGGUAUACCGUGGGCACAAGUGUGUGAUGGCCAGCAAGAUCGGAGAUGAAAUUAAAGAACUCAUGAAGAAGCAAAUCGCAUAAAGAAAGCAUAAGAGAAAUUUGUGUUAAUGCGAAGAUUGAAACUUUAGUUACUGCAACAGUCAAAUAAAAAAAAUGGAUUAAAUUGAAAAAAAAA